AUGACUGCCAACGAUACCGUCAUAUUUGGUACGUCUUCAACGGAUAAUGGCAUGGUAAACGAGCUGCACUACACUCCGAGUUUAUUUACUGGCAUUCUAGUUACUGCUGUUGAUGGGACAAUUGCAAUCGUUGGAACGCUUGGAAAUGUUCUGGUAUUAACAGUCAUUUUUGUGCAGAUACGAUUUUCAACAGUCUCGAACAUCUUAAUUGCAAACCUUGCUACGAUAGAUCUGGUGACAGCGGCCUUACUGAUACCGGGAGAUAUCUACCGGCAUGUGUGCUAUAGGAUGGGUUUCUGCCAUGUUUCUCAUACGUUCGUGCUACUACACCGUAUUCUUGCUCAGUUUGUGGUCAGCGCGGCUGCCGUGAGUCUAUUUGUAAUAGCAGUUGAACGCUUCAUCGCUGUGGCUUUUCCUUUUCGCUACCGGUCUCUGUUCACUAGAGCCUGGGCCAAAGCCUGUGUCGCCUUAACGUGGACUGUAGGAACAUUCAUCACGGGAGUUUUCCACGGUCUAAAGAUUGUUUACAUUCAGAACGUAAUUUUGAUUUUCCUAGUACUAUUGACGUUUUCCAUUUAUGUUUACAUCUUCUCCGUCGCCUUAAAGCACGAGAAAAAAAUUGCUGCGAUGCGCUCGCAGGUUCCGAAUUUCCAGCGUUCCUCUCCACUUCCCUGGGAGCGUAAAUCAGCUCAAACAAUGGGCAUCGUUUUGGGAGUGUAUAUUCUUUGUUGGGUACCAUCCGUGGUGUUUUAUUCAGUUGUUCGAACAGAUGAUUGGUUAUUCCCGAGAUUGCAGUUCUGGAUAAACUCUGUUUAUUACUUGAAUGCAGUACUAAAUCCUUUUAUAUAUGGUGUGAGAAGCGCAAGGUUUCGUAAAGAGGUAAGACGACUCAUCAAGUCUUUUCGGGCCCGAAGAUUGUUUUCUUAUAACACUUCAUAAAAGCCAAGAAACUCUUAAAGCUCCACGUAGAAUCGGAGACUACUCGAGACUACUCCAUAGUUGUUGGUGAAAAAUAACAACUUUGCCCUGAAUGGGCGCGGGUGCGCGAAGGAGGAUAUCUAAAGAAUGCUUUCGCCGACAGAUUAAAUCGUACUACAGUGAAAACUGGCCAGUUCUCAGGUAUCCAGCGUGGCGAUACAGUUUUUAGAAUAACUUGUACAAUCAUGUCUGUGAGAGAUUCUGCUGAAAGCGAAGAGCUUUUGUUCGCAAAACUGGAGUAUUCCAAUUCCCUAUCGAAUCUAUACCUGCGCGAGUGAGCUAUAUGUAGUCUGUUAGCGAGGAUGGGACUUACGUUUUUUUCUUUUAGGACCCGCAACAUACGACAGUAUUAAUAAUCCCCAUUGCGCAAUUGCAGAUGGCUUAUUCAAUUCCCACACUUAACGGCGUCUUCGAUCCCCUUGACCAGCAGCGGUCAGGAAUGGUUUGUUUCGUCAAACUAGCAUGCGCAGAACAGGGCGAAGACUCGGGCUGUGUCUACACUAUAUCCUGUAGCUUUUCGUGUCGUGUCUGUUGCCUUACUGCGGGAACCCAAAAC